GAAGAACCAAAUCGCCGCCGGGUCCACGUGGGCUGCCGGUCGUCGGGUACCUCCCGUUCCUCCGCCGCAACGACCUCCACCGGCAGCUCACUUCCCUGGCUGAAACCCACGGCCCAAUCUACACAUUCCAGGGCCUCAACAGAUCCCUGGUCGUGGUCAGCUCCCCGGAUCUGCGAAAGAGGUCCUUCGGGUCAACGAGUCCAUCUUCUCGACCCGCCCGAUCCCGAUUGUGGGCCGGAUCUUAACCUACGGCGGCAUCGACCUCGCCAACCUGUCGUACGGCCCCGAUUGGGUCGGGCUGCGGAAGGUCAUUUUCUGGGAGUUUCUCAGCAGCGGGGCCCUGGACACGUGUCACGCGCUGGGCAGGGGAGCGGUUGA